AUGUGUGUGAUUGCAGCGUUGUGCAGGAGGAGAGAGGGAGUGGAACAAAGAGAGAUAAAUGGGAUGGUCUUGAAGGCGGGGACACCACAGCCACAAACCUGCACCCCACGCAUCCCCCUGCUCUUCUGCUGCCUGAGCACCCCGACUGUGCCACCUCGUAGGCCAUGGAGAAUGAGCUGCCAGUCCCCCACACAUCCAGCCGUGCCGGCGUCACCAGCAACACCAGUGGCACCAGCAGCAGCAGUGGCUGCGGCAUUAGCAGCAGCGGCGGUGGCGGCGGCCGGCCCACGGCACCCCAGAUUUCUGUGUACAGUGGUAUUCCUGACCGGCAGACUGUGCAGGUGAUCCAGCAGGCCCUGCACAGGCAGCCCAGCACGGCGGCGCAGUACCUGCAGCAGAUGUACGCUGCCCAGCAGCAGCACCUCAUGCUGCAGACGGCGGCCUUGCAGCAGCAGCACCACCUGAGCAGCGCACAGCUCCAGAGCCUGGCGGCGGUGCAGCAGGCAAGCCUGGUGGCCAACAGACAAGGAAGUACUUCCGGCAGCAAUGUGUCCUCACAGGCUCCCACCCAGUCUCCUUCACUCAAUCUGGCAGCAUCCCCUGCGACAGCCCAGCUCAUCAACCGGGCGCAGAGUGUCAAUUCCGCCACAGCCUCGGGCCUUGCCCAGCAGGCUGUGCUCCUGGGCAACACGUCCUCUCCUGCCCUGACGGCCAGCCAGGCACAGAUGUACCUCCGAGCACAGAUGCUCAUCUUCACGCCCACGGCCACCGUCGCAACCGUACAGCCUGAGCUCAGCACUGGCUCCCCCGCUCGGCCCCCUACCCCAGCCCAGGUACAGAACCUGACCCUCCGAACACAGCAGACCCCAGCGGCGGCGGCCUCAGGCCCUACCCCCACCCAGCCUGUCCUGCCCAGCUUGGCCCUGAAACCCACAGCCAGCAGUAGCCAGCCUCUGCCUGCCCCACCACAGGGCAGGACCACGGCUCAGGGGUCCCCUGCAGGUGCCAAGCCUGGUAUAGCGGACAGUGUGGCGGAGCCACUCAGGAAAGGAGACUGUGAGAGCAGCAUGUCGGGGAACAUGGAGGGCCGGCCUGGGCUUGGUCGGACAGUUCCUGCUGUGGCUGCUCACCCCCUCAUAGCACCAGCUUAUGCUCAACUGCAGCCUCACCAGCUCCUCCCACCGUCGUCAUCGAAGCACCCACAGCCUCAGUUUGUGAUCCAGCAGCAGCAGCCACAGUCACAGCAGCCACAGCCAUUCCGGCCUGCACCCCAAGUCCAGUCCCAACCCCAGCUGGCCCCAAUCUCCCCAAGCCUGGCCCUACAGUCCAGCCCAGAAGACAACGCCAUGCCUCUGGGCCCCAUUACACCUGCCCUGCCCCUGCAGUGCCCUGCUGCCCAUCUGCACAAGCCCGGAGGCGGUCAGCAAUGCCACCUUCCCACACCAGACCCUGGGCCUCAGAAUGGACAUCCUGAGGGUGUGUCCCGUGCCCCUCAGCGAAGGUUCCAGCACACCUCCGCUGUGAUUUUACAGUUGCAGCCUGCUUCUCCAGUGCCCCAGCAGUGUGCUUCUGGUGACUGGGAGGAAGCGGUGCCAGGGGAGAAGAGUGCACCUGUGACUCGGCCGGGCCCAUCCCCACACCAGCAGGCCAUCAUCACUGCCAUGCCGGGUGGCCUGCCUGGACCCAAGACUCCCAACAUCCAGCAGUGCCCAUCUCACGAGACAGGGCAGGGCAUUGUUCAUGCACUGACCGACCUCAGCAGCCCCGGCAUGACCUCAGGGAACGGAAACUCUGCCUCCAGCAUCGCCGGCACUGCCCCCCAGAAUGGUGAGAAUAAACCACCACAGGCCAUUGUGAAACCCCAAAUCCUGACGCAUGUUAUCGAAGGGUUUGUGAUCCAGGAGGGGGCGGAGCCUUUCCCGGUGGGACGCUCGUCCCUGCUGGUGGGGAAUCUCAAGAAGAAGUAUGCACAGGGGUUCUUGCCUGAGAAGCUUCCACAGCAGGACCACACCACCACCACUGACUCCGAGAUGGAGGAGCCCUACCUGCAAGAAUCCAAAGAGGAAGGUACCCCCCUCAAACUCAAGUGUGAGCUCUGUGGACGGGUGGACUUUGCCUACAAGUUCAAGCGUUCCAAGCGCUUCUGUUCCAUGGCUUGUGCAAAGAGGUAUAAUGUGGGAUGCACCAAACGAGUGGGACUCUUUCACUCAGACCGGAGCAAGCUGCAGAAGGCAGGGACCACAACUCACAACCGCCGACGAGCCAGCAAGGCUAGUCUGCCCACACUUACUAAGGACACCAAGAAGCAGCCCUCAGGCACUGCACCUCUUUCAGUUACUGCUGCCUUGCAGCUGACACACAGCCAGGAAGACUCCAGCCGGUGCUCAGAUAACUCAAGCUAUGAGGAACCCUUGUCGCCCAUCUCAGCCAGCUCCUCCACCUCCCGACGGCGACAAGGCCAGAGGGAUCUAGAGCUCCCUGACAUGCACAUGCGGGACCUGGUGGGCAUGGGACACCACUUCCUACCAAGUGAGCCCACAAAGUGGAACGUAGAAGAUGUCUAUGAAUUCAUCCGCUCUCUGCCAGGGUGCCAGGAGAUCGCAGAGGAGUUCCGUGCCCAGGAGAUUGACGGACAAGCCCUGCUGCUGCUCAAGGAGGACCACCUGAUGAGUGCCAUGAACAUCAAGCUGGGGCCUGCCCUCAAGAUCUAUGCACGCAUCAGCAUGCUCAAGGACUCCUAGAGUCUCUGCCGCCCACCCGCCCGUGCACCACCGGGCAGCCAGGGUUCCAGCCCCAGGUGGGCGCCGCCUCCUGAUGGAGCAGAGCCACACAGACAUUCCUGAGGCGCCCGAGAUAGGGCCAGUUGUAGGGAAGGGGCUCUCCCUAGGGGUGCAGCUGUGAGGAGGUCUGCGUGCCUCUUCAGUGGCUCUCAGGGGCCAUUUCUGUGGGAAGGGGAGAGAGGUAGGUGGUACAGAAGACGGGGCUUUGCGCUUGUAAAUACUUAUAGCACUGGCUUCCUCCAAAGUCCCCAUGUUCUAGCCCCCCUCUAACCCUUUCUCUGUCCCCCGUUUCCAGGGGGUUUAUGGUCAGGGCUCCCCAACCUGAGUUGGGUUACUUCCAAGGGCAGCCAGCAGGCCUGGACAGAGGUCUUGAAAGCCCUUGUCUUCUCUCCCCUCUCCCUUCUUUCUCCAGGCCAGGUUAACCUUCUGUUGGCAGCUUCUCCCCCUUCAGCCUGUUUCCAUAGCAUCCAGGGGUUCUACCCCUGUACCCUCUGCAGGUGGAGAGAGAGAAGCUGGGCCCAGUGUGGCCAUGCCUGCUGGCACAGACGCCUUAACGCUGUGUGUAUGACUGUGUGACUGGGAGCCUGGAGUGACAGGCGUGAGCUGCCCUCUGGCAUCUCCAGGUGUUUUGUAGCAAACAACCACUCAGUGCUUUGUCCUGGGCUCCACUCAGCCUGAGGCUGGGGGAUGGAAGGAAAGGGCAGACCCCAAGAGUUGGAGAUUAGAGGUCCCCUCCAGAUGGCAGGAGAUCCCUGGGAAGGUCUCCUCACACCAAACUGGCAGUGUGUCCUGCUGGCUGGCAGAAAAACAUAGGAAGCUACAGGGGCUAAAGUGUGGCCCAAAGCCUGGGCCUCCCGUGACUGAGCCGCCUGCCUACCCUUACACACACACACCCCCGCCUGGGAAGGAGUGUGUGACUGAAGACUGGCAGGAGGCACUGUGGGAGCAGCCUUUGGCCUUCCACGUCCACACUUGCUUGUAAAACUUGUAUAGCAGUAACAGCUACCUAAGGAAGGGCCGGGGCCGCCUCUGACUUGCCCUGUCCUUACCAACUCUGGGAAGUCAGACUCUUCCCGGGAGGGGCAGGCACUUUCUCAGCUUGCUCUGCCCCCUUCCCCGUACCCCCAGGCAGGGUUGGAAAUGAAGGACUUUUUUAACCUUUUUGUUUUGUUUUUAAAAAAUAAAUCUUUAAAAUCUG